AUGUCCGAGAAACAAGAAAAAUUUAAAGGUGAUUGUUGCGGUGAUCCGUGGCCUCAGCUAAUGAUGGCUUGUGCAAGAGUCGUUGAAAUAUACUCAAGACUUUUCGAUAAACCUGAUUUAUUGAAGAUAUCAAAGUGUUUAAAAAGCGUUUGUAAAACUUGUAUGUGCAAAAAUAAGCAUAAAGAAUUAAAUUUAUUGAAACGAAGAGAUUCGGAAGAGAUUGAAGGAAAAGAUGUUCAAAAAUUAUUGGGAUAUGGUUUUAUUCCGGAUGGUUUAACAACUUUAUUAGAAGCAGAAAGUUUUUAUUCGCAAUUCGAAGAAGAUAUAGUCCCAAAAAUAGGUACAAAAGGUGAAAAAGUAAGAAAAGAGAAAUUGUUAAAACAAAAUCCAUUACAAGACGACAGUUUGGAUAAUUGCAAAUUUCUCGAUUCUUCUGGAAAAGAAUCCUUCGAAGAAUUUAUAAAAACCCGCAACGAUUUUAUCUCCGAAAAAGGUCUCGUUAAAUACGCCCAUAAUAGCACAAAGAAUUGCGUUGAAUGCAAAAAAGAGUUUCUACAAGAUUUAAAACAUUGCGUCCACGAAGAUUCUUUACUUUGUAAUCGACAUUACGGCGAAAAAUUACGACCAAGAUGCUCCACUUGUGAUGAAUUAAUUUUUAAUCAAACUUGUACGCGAGCUUUGGGAAGAAAAUGGCAUACAGAUCAUUUUUGGUGUAACGAAUGCCAUUGUAUAUUAACUGGAAAACAAUACACCCGACACGAUGAUAAACCUUAUUGUUUAAAAUGUUACGAAUCGACAUUCGCUCAAUCAUGCAAAAAAUGUGAGAAAUCUAUAGGGACAAACGCGAAAUAUUUAAUUUAUAAAAAAAAUCAUUGGCACGAAACUUGCUUUACUUGCAAAUUUUGCCAAAAAUCUUUGGUUAAUCAAAAAUUUAUUACAAAAGAGGAUGAUAUUUAUUGCGAAAGAUGUCACGAAGAAAAAUUAGCUCCUCGUUGUAAUUCUUGUUAUAAAACGUUCAAAUUUGGCACGAACACCGUCGAAUACAAGAACAAACAAUUUCAUGAGCAGUGUUUUAUUUGUAAUGAAUGUCAAGCGCCUAUCGGAGGAAAAAAAUUUGCCAAUAAACUCGAUAAAAUAUUUUGUGAUGAUUGUUACCAAGAAAAAUUUGGAACUAAAUGUACUAAAUGCAAUAAAGUUAUUAUCAAGGGAGGAGUUACUUAUAAAAAUCAACCCUGGCAUACUGAAUGUUUUAACUGUACAAAUUGUCCUACUUUACUCUCCGGAGUCACGUUUACAAGUCGCGAUGAGAAACCUUAUUGCGCGAAAUGUUUUGGAAAAUUGUUUGCGAAAAAGUGUUUUGGAUGUAGAGAGCCAAUUAAUGGCGAUGGGAUUAAAUAUAUUAAUUAUGAUAACCAUCAUUGGCAUGAUAACUGUUUCUUUUGUGCUAUUUGCCGAUGUGGACUUGGAGGAAAAGGAUUUAUUAUGGAGAAAGAUGAAAUUUUAUGUCCUAAUUGUGCUAAAGGAAAAUUCAAAUCCUGUUAA